GAGACGGACCUGUGUCAGCAUCAAUGGGAGCGCUGUCUCAGAUGUUGCUGCCAAGUUAUCUCCGAGGCCAAUGUUUACCUAGGCAGCAUUGCCAGUUCCUCCAUUUGUAAUGAGGUUCUGCGGUCAAGUCAGGGCUUAGUGUAUGUUUCCGGCCUGGAAGAAAUUUACCGGAUUGUCUGCAGAGUGGCGACAUCCAUGCGAUCCACAGCUAUUUCAUCAAUGGAGCUGGAGCAAACAUUGAGACACAUCGAUAUCGCCUGGAACAACUUGACAGCAUUUCUAGCCGGAGCUUCACUUCUGACACAACAAGAAACUCUGGUUUCCACCAACUGUAUACUACCAUCAGACUCGGAAGGUUCUCAAAAUUUAGCCUGUGGCGUCUGCCUGUUCAGUGUGGAUUCUACACCAUGGAUUACUUCCUAUUGUGGUGACGAUGCCAACCUGGGAAAAGUGUCGCUCUUUGGGUGCCAGUACCACGUGACCUGUGCCAACUUCUGGGUGAACUGUGUGGAUCAGACUCUGCCAACAUUAAAAUUGUCCAAUAUUUUAUAG